GCUCCUCGCGGCGAUCCCGACUCUCCUCCCGCGGCUGCAGCAGCUGCCGGUUGCACACGGCCUCGGCGGCGGCGCGGCGGGCGCGGGCCUGUGGAGCGGCGGCCGGGCGCGCGGCCCCGGCGGGCACCCCUCCGAGGGCGGCCGAGGAAGCUCCGGGAGGAGGAGCAGGACCACGAGGAGGUGGGAGGCGGCGGCCGCCUGGGGACCCGCUCCGUGCCUCGGCCUCUCCGCCCCCUCCCCAGCCUUUCUCUCGCCCCCUUCUCUCACACUCCCGGCCGGCGCCUCGGCUUUGUGCGAGGAGAUGUUGUAGCCCUUGGCCGUCGAAGGAGCCGGACACUUGUCUCCCGUCUCCGAGCUGCUCCCCGCCCCUGGAGGAGAGACCCCCUUCGGCUCGGCGCCUCCCGCGUCUCCCGGCUGCUGGGGAAGCCUCUGCGCCGCCGGCACCAUGAGUGAACAGAGUAUCUGUCAGGCAAGAGCUGCUGUGAUGGUUUAUGAUGAUGCCAAUAAGAAGUGGGUGCCAGCUGGUGGCUCAACUGGGUUCAGCAGAGUUCAUAUCUAUCACCAUACAGGCAACAACACAUUCAGAGUGGUGGGCAGGAAGAUUCAGGACCAUCAGGUCGUGAUAAAUUGUGCCAUUCCUAAAGGGUUGAAGUACAAUCAAGCUACACAGACCUUCCACCAGUGGCGAGAUGCUAGACAGGUGUAUGGUCUCAACUUUGGCAGCAAAGAGGAUGCCAAUGUCUUCGCAAGUGCCAUGAUGCAUGCCUUAGAAGUGUUAAAUUCACAGGAAACAGCCCAGAGCAAAGUUACUGCUACCCAGGACAGCACUAAUUUGCGAUGUAUUUUCUGUGUGUUCUAUUUAGGGCCAACAUUGCCUAGACAAAACUCACAGCUACCUGCCCAAGUUCAGAAUGGCCCAUCUCAAGAAGAAAUGGAAAUUCAAAGAAGACAACUACAAGAACAGCAACGACAAAAGGAGCUGGAGCGGGAAAGGCUGGAGAGAGAAAGAAUGGAAAGGGAGAGGUUGGAGAGAGAGAGGUUAGAAAGGGAAAGGCUGGAGAGGGAGCGACUGGAACAAGAACAGCUAGAGAGAGAGAGACAAGAACGGGAACGGCAGGAACGCCUGGAGCGGCAGGAACGCCUGGAUCGGGAGAGGCAAGAAAGACAAGAACGAGAGAGGCUGGAGAGACUGGAACGGGAGAGGCAAGAAAGGGAGCGACAAGAACAGUUAGAAAGGGAACAGCUGGAAUGGGAGAGAGAGCGCAGAAUAUCAAAUGCUGCUGCCCCUGCCUCUGUUGAGACUCCUCUAAACUCUGUGCUGGGAGACUCUUCUGCUUCUGAGCCAGGCUUGCAGGCAGCCUCUCAGCCGGCCGAGACUCCAGCCCAACAGGGCCUUGUCUUGGGACCACUUGCACCUCCACCUCCUCCACCACUCCCACCAGGGCCUGCACAGGCUUCAGUAGUACUCCCUCCUCCCCCAGGACCCCCUCCACCUCCUCCACUCCCAUCCUCUGGGCCUCCACCACCUCCUCCUCCCCCUCCUCUCCCUAAUCAAGUACCCCCUCCACCUCCACCGCCUCCUGCCCCUCCCCUCCCUGCAUCUGGAUUCUUUUCGGGAUCCAUGUCAGAAGACAAUCGCCCAUUAACUGGACUUGCAGCUGCAAUUGCCGGAGCAAAACUUAGGAAAGUGUCGCGGAUGGAGGAUGCCUCUUUCCCAAGUGGAGGGAAUGCUAUUGGUGUGAACUCAGCCUCAUCUAAAACAGAUACCGGCCGUGGAAAUGGACCCCUUCCUUUAGGGGGUAGUGGUUUAAUGGAAGAAAUGAGCGCCCUGCUGGCCAGGAGGAGAAGAAUUGCUGAAAAGGGAUCAACAAUAGAAACAGAACAAAAAGAGGACAAAGGUGAAGAUUCAGAGCCUGUAACUUCUAAAGUCUCUUCAACAAGUACGCCUGAACCAACAAGAAAACCUUGGGAAAGAACAAAUACAAUGAAUGGCAGCAAGUCACCUGUUAUCUCCAGACGGGAUUCUCCAAGGAAAAAUCAGAUUGUUUUUGACAACAGGUCCUAUGAUUCAUUACACAGACCAAAAUCCACACCCUUAUCACAGCCCAGUGCCAAUGGAGUCCAGACGGAAGGACUUGACUACGACAGGCUGAAGCAGGACAUUUUAGAUGAAAUGAGAAAGGAAUUAGCAAAGCUAAAAGAAGAGCUCAUUGAUGCAAUCAGGCAGGAACUGAGCAAGUCAAAUACUGCAUAAAGAAACAGACUAAGGAGAGAUAGGACUAUAAUUUGGAGGAAAAAAAAAAAAAUCCUACAAACAACAACUGUUCACAACAGCAAACCCCUACAUUUUAUGAGCUGUAAGAAGAAAAUGGAGACAAACAGGAGGAGGGGAAAACCAACCUACUCUGAAAGCCUUCAGACAUUAUGACUCUGGCGAUAAGCUCUUUCCCUCUCAGUUUGCUGCUUUUUUCUGGCCUUUACAACAGAAUGGAAGAGAAUCAUAUAAGAGUUCCUGUAACAGUUAUGCAGAAAAUACUAAAACCCAUCAGGCAAGAUCAUCGCGCAUUGAAAUAUUUUCAUGUCAAGAUAAAAUCGCACAUUUUCCACAAUUCGUUGCUAAAAUAAAGAGGAGAAAGGCUUAGGAAGUUUUUUUGCAGAGAGUGCUGAUGAAGAAUUGAGCACGUUUGCUAUUGUAUUGUAAUGUUUCUCUCAGGUUUGUUCUUCCUAUCAUGUUUGAUAUUCCAUGAAUAAUUGAGAUCAGCCCUAUGUAAGUUAAGAUCAUAAUACGCAGAACAAAUGGAAUUGUAAGUGCUUUCAAAGGUUAAUAUUUAUAAGAAAGUGUCCUAAAAAUGAUUUCUUCAGUUUGAGGAAUUUUAGAAUGAUAGGAAGUCUCUCGAGUUAGCCUUCAUGCAAUUUUGUAGAUUAAAACAUAAAAUUUGUCCAGGAUUUAAAGAUUUAGAUGCCUUCCUAAAUUGUUACAAUGCUUUACCAAAUCUAUGACUUCUACAUAACACAAACCAGUGGUCAAAUGUAAACAAUAUAUUGUAGAUUUACUGUAGGUUUUCAACCUUUUUUAGAUUUAUGCAUGUGGACAUUUUUAUAAUGUAAUUACAAUCACCACAAAGUUAGCUUUUUUAAUUGCAGACAGUAAUGCAUGUCACACUAAUAUGUAGUGGCCUUUUCAAGGCCUAGUCCCAGGGAAAACGUUUUGUAGAGUAUAGGGGAGUGGGAGGAAGGGGAGGAAUAAUUUUUUAUUUAAAGUUGAUUUCUGCACUAUCUUUUUCUCAAUUACCUGCAUGAAUAAUAAUAAUGAGGAAUAUUUUGUGACUUUAAUUGGUAAAUAUGUUACAAAACCAAGUACUUAAUCUUUUACAUCAUGUCUUCAGCUAUUUGUAUUUUAACCAGUAAUUUCAAUGGUCUGAAACAUGAUCCUGAGCUUCACAUAAUAUCUUACUGUGGAACUCAAAAGUUUGAUCACUGAAUUUGGCAGUUAUUAUUACCUAGGUACCCCUGCUGUUAACACAGGUGUUUACAUACAUGUUCCUGAAUGAAGCUGCUUUUGAAUUUUGUUAUGUUGAAAUACAAGAAAUAACAAUGACGGCAGCAAUUAAGGUCACAGAAAUCGUUAGGUAAAGGAAAACCAAUGAGGAGUUCUGCAGUUUUCUUUUAAUAAGUAAAGUGGGACUUGGGUGGUGGGAAGAAGGAAUUAGACACUCUACCCGCCAUCCUGCGUGUGUGUGCACUCGCGCACAUGCUGUCUAUAUGUAAGCCACUCCCUUUUCUUUCCUUUGAAACUGAUGAGGUUAAAAUAGGGGAGAAAUCCUAUAUAUUGCAAUGAUAGCUUUCUGGAAAAUUUAAGAAAUCAAAGUCUCCAGGCUCUCCAUCCUGAUUUAUGCCUGAGUCGUCAUGUGCCAUAUUUGCUUUGAACUCUGAUUAUCAGAAGUUUUACUAAAAUUUUGAAGAAAUAAUUCACUUUCAUCUGCUUUCCAGAUUUUGUACAUCUCAGUUCAUAAAGCAAAGGUCGUUGAUAAUGUAGUUUUCUAAAUGCUGCAGAUCUGCAGCCAUUACCGCUACAAAGACGUUUGGAUGAGGGGUUUUUUUUUUCUUUGUUAAAAUAGUUCCUGUUUCUGUAGAAAUUUCAUUUUUAGAUUAAACUGUGAUGGAUGAGCUGUCAUAAUUCAAGUAUACAUUUCUUUUUUCUAUCAGAUAGGCAUUGUCAUGCAGUAGCAGUAAAAACAUCAGAGGCACAGCAAGCUUAUGAAGUUCUGUUUUCUAAAAGAAAUAGGAGGCAUUUUCAUCUUUAUUAUUAUACUUUUGGUUAUGCAAACACUUUGAUAAUAGAAAGUUAUAUCCCCUAUAAAUCUGGUCAGAAACCUCUUUUGAUUUUGUUGGGUACGUUAACUAGUCUAUAGUAGGUAGAGUACUGGGUACAAGUGGUCCAAACUAAGAUAAGAGACUAAAAUAAAAUGCUAAAUCUUAAACUGGGUUUAUGCACUAAACGUUUUGUGCCUUGGUCUAAUAUUAACAUGACGUCUGUGUAAAAUGACAAAAAGAACCAGUGUUGAAUCACGCUAUAUUUUCCAUCAUCCCAGAUUGCUAAAUGUGUUCUUUCCAAGAAGUCUGAACGAAUUAUUAUAUACAUUUUCUGUCAUGUACACAUGACAGUUGUGUCAUUGUUAGAGAUUUCAGUGAUUAAAAUGGGAAACAGAAGCUUAAGUUAUUUUCCUUAUCAAAACUAUGUUCCUUGGAACCACAUUAGUAUGAUGGUUUUUGUGCUCUUGUACAUUGGAUGUCUUAAGCUAAGUACAGUUUAGGGGAUCCUUUCUAAUUAAUUACAGGAAGGUACUGCUUUCCUCAACACUGUGAUCUGACCUGUGACAAAUCUGUACUAUACACUAUGUAAAUGGCUAACAAGUCAAUUGCAAACAAACUGAAUGUACAAAUCUUAGUGCUGGUGCUGAAAUCUCUUCAGAAUAGUUAUGAUUUAAAAGUUUGUUUAUAAAUUUGAAAGCAUCAAGUGUCAAUCAAAACUGAAGAUGAAACACUAAUGAAUGUUGAAUUCUCAUGCUUUUAGGUAUACUUCCUUUUUAGAAUUUUCAGUUUUCUGCUAUUUUUACCGUAACUAUUUCAUUUAAAUUUGUUUCACUUAAAUUUCCUACACGCUAACUUCGUUUGUGCGAUUGAAAUAAAAUUGCAGUAUAUA